CUUGUUAUGCAGGUCAAUAGCUUUGACAUAAGCAACGUGUCUCACAACCACGCUCGAGCUGUGCUUUCCCAGCCUUGCUCGGUGCUGCACCUGACGGUGCUGAGGGAGAGGCGGUUCGGCAGCCGCACGCACAACCACGCGGACACCACCAGCUCCUCACGGGAGGACAGCUUUCAGGUGACGCUGCAUAAACGUGACUCCAGCGAGCAGCUUGGCAUUAAACUUGUACGCAGAACAGACGAGCCAGGAGUUUUUAUUCUCGACCUUUUGGAAGGGGGCUUGGCUGCUCAAGACGGCCGGCUCUGCAGCAACGACCGCGUGCUGGCAAUCAAUGGACACGACUUGAAGCAUGGGACACCCGAGCUUGCUGCUCAGGUUAUACAGGCUAGUGGGGAGAGAGUGAAUUUGAUCAUCUCUAGACCCCUGAAGUCACAGACGGUCAGUAUUAUCCGAGACACGGGGACUCACAACAGCAACUCACACCAGCACCAGUCCCAGCAGCUCUUCCACAGCAGACCCAACUCACAUAAGGAUCUCUCCCAGUGUGUUACAUGCCAAGAAAAGCACAUUACUGUGAAAAAAGAGCCACAUGAAUCUCUGGGAAUGACAGUGGCAGGAGGCAGAGGCAGCAAAAGUGGCGAACUGCCCAUCUUUGUGACAAGUGUACAGCCUCACGGGUGUUUGGCAAGAGACGGCAGGAUUAAACGAGGUGAUGUGCUCCUGAACAUCAAUGGCAUUGAUUUGACUAACCUCAGUCACAGCGAGGCGGUGGCCAUGCUCAAAGCUAGUGCUGCCUCUUCAGUAGUCGCCCUGAAAGCCCUGGAAGUCCAGAUUGUAGAAGAACAGCCCCAGGCUAAUGAAGAACAAUUGAGUACCAUCAGUGAGAAUGAAUAUGAUGCCAGCUGGUCGCCAUCCUGGGUCAUGUGGCUGGGACUUCCAAGCUGCCUACAUAGCUGCCAUGACGUAGUGCUGCGGCGGAGCAAUUUAGGGAGCUGGGGUUUCAGCAUCGUCGGUGGCUACGAGGAGAACCACACAAAUCAGCCUUUCUUCAUUAAAACGAUUGUUCUUGGAACUCCUGCCUACUUUGAUGGAAGAUUAAAGUGUGGUGAUAUGAUUGUUGCUGUAAAUGGACUAUCCACGGUUGGAAUGAGCCAUUCUGCACUCGUUCCCAUGCUGAAGGAGCAGAGGAACAAAGUGACUUUAACGGUGAUUUGCUGGCCUGGAAGCCUCAUCUAGAUUUGUGAAUCGCUUUGGUUCAAGCAGCUUCUUUUUCUCGAUAGCUGGCACAAAAAUCUCCUCUAUCUUUUCUUCCCUAUUGAUACAGCUGGUUAUAAGCAGGGCCAAAACUGCUGUAUUUCCUUUUUUACAGGCCUCUUGGACUCACUGUGUAUCUUUCCAUCCCAAAAUAGCCAUUUCUGUUUGCUACAUUUGCAAAUGCAAAUAUACAGGAGCUCACA